CCUCAACCUCACGUCAGAGGUGUGAAUGGAAAAGGUUGGCUGCAGGUGAAGCUUCCACUUAUUUAUUCAGUGUUCCUUUCGCAUACAAAUAACCUUCAAGCUACGUAAGCUAAGGUACCUACCCCGUAAGGAAAGGGGCUCCACUUUUCUGUAUUACCCCACCAUUACUUCAAACGGUUCUGGUGUCAACCUUGUCAACCUUCAGAUGUUCCCCCUCCAACAUUUAUCAAGGCUUGGAUCUGUCUCUUCAUCAACGACAACUACCACUCCGGAUUCUCUUGUCGAAUGCGUGCGAUAUUUAUGGAAUUACCACAUCGCGGAUAUCAUUGACGAAGUUGUAACCAUAGCCCAGCCUUCUCAACCCGAACCGGUCACCAACACCAUGUCUGCUGAUCCCUUCGACUCGGCUCUCGACCUUCUCCGGCGUUUGAACCCGAAACACACAUCAGCGCAUCUCGACUCGCUGAUCCGACUUGCACCAGACCUAACAGAAGACCUACUAUCGUCGGUAGAUCAACCACUCUCGGUACGACGAUGUAAGCAGACUGGGCGCGAUUAUCUGCUAUGUGAUUACAACCGUGAUGGUGACAGCUACCGGUCGCCGUGGAGCAACGAGUUCGACCCCCCUCUCGACUCAGCCCCCUCCCUUCCCUCGGAGAAGGUCCGUCGCAUGGAGGUCCGCGCAAACGAAGCCUUUGAUCUAUACCGUGAUUUGUACUACGAGGGCGGUGUGAGCAGUGUGUAUUUUUGGAAUCUGGAUGAUGGAUUUGCAGGCGUGGUGCUGUUGAAAAAAGAGGCUAAACCAGGUAGCGCCAGCGAAGGCACCUGGGAUUCGAUCCACGUCUUCGAAGCUAUCGAUCGAGCCCGUUUCACUCAGUACAACCUCACAUCUACCGUUAUUCUAUCAUUAUCUACAAACUCAAACAGUCUUGGAGACAUGGACCUUUCGGGCAACAUGACGCGACAGAUUGAGAUCGAACUGCCGGCAGAAAGUGAUGAGCAGCAGAUCGCCAACAUCGGGAAACUCGUCGAGGAUAUGGAACUCAAGAUGCGAAAUCUGCUGCAGGAGGUUUACUUCGGCAAGGCUAAAGAUGUGGUUGGUGACUUGAGGAGCGUGGGAAGUUUGAGCGAGGGUGCAAGAGACAAGGAGGCACAGAAGGAACUUAUCGGAAGCAUGAUGCGAUGACCGGUGACAUCGAACCAUCAAGACGACAUUUUCGAAUAUG